AUGGAAAUCCACGAAGCCUUCACAGAGUGGGCGUUAGACAAGGGCAUCAAAAUCAAUGGCAUUGCUGCACAUACAUUUGAAGGAAGAGGCGUGGGCAUUAUUGCUGAGAAGAGGCAUGCGGCGAACGAAGUCCUCCUGAACGUUCCUCUCUCGGCCUUACGCACAGCCAAUACAGUGCCAAAGGACAUUCUCCGAGCACUGCCAAAGACUACAGUUCAUAAUCUUCUAGCCGCUGAUCUGACCCUCGAUUCCUCAGCGCUUCGUGCUCCGUGGCACGCUGUUCUACCUACUCAAGACACCUUUGAAAAUUCCAUGCCUCUCCUCUGGCCGACAUCUCUGCAAGAGUUACUCCCUCCCCAAGCAGCUAAGUUGCUGUCAAAUCAACAAUCAAAACUUAAGCAAGACUGGGCCUUGACUUCUGCUGCUUUCCCCACUAUCACCUACGAGACCUAUCUUCACUCAUGGCUUGUCAUUAAUACACGAACAUUCUACUUCGUCUCACCAGCUCCAAAAGUUAAAUCUAAACCAGUACCAACACCCAAGAAUCGCGAUGACUGUUUGGCCCUCAAUCCAUUUGCCGACUAUUUCAACCACACUUCGUCGCCGUCCGCCUGCGAGGUUGGCUUCUCAGUAGAUGGUUACACUGUUACCUCUUCCGUACCAAUCAAGAAAGGUGAGGAGAUAUACAUCAGCUAUGGACACCACAGCAACGACUUUCUGCUCACCGAAUACGGCUUCAUCCUUGCUGGAGAUGCAAAUAAGUGGGACGAGGUGGAUCUUGACGCAUAUGUGCUAGGACUAUUGAAUGCGGACAAGAAAGAAAUCUUAAAGGAAGAAGGCUUCUUGGGUAACUAUGUGUUGGAUCAGGAAACAGUGUGCUAUCGGACGCAGGUUGCUCUCAGACUUGCUUGUUUGCCAAUCGGCAAGUGGAGAAGUUUUGUCAGUGGGCUGGAUGAUGGAGAGAAGGAUCAAAGCAAAGUGGACCAGGUGUUGCUCAAGCUUUUGCAAAAACACCAGAAUGAUGUGCUGGAGAAAAUGAGAUCGGUGAGGAAACUCGAUGAAGGCAAGCCCGAUCAGCGAGAUACUCUGGAGAAGCGAUGGCAGCAGAUCGGUGCGCUUUUGCAGAGAGCGAUAGAUAGAAUACAAAGCUGA